GGUUCUCGCUUUCCAAAUCCAAACACUCAAGGACCUCGCAAUAAUUUUCAGGGACCUAAUGCCCAAAACCCAAGAACUGAGGGCCCUCAAGGUCCCAACGCACAGGGUCACAGUGUCCAUAUAAAUGGGCAGCGUUUCCGACCACCUGGCCCAAACUCUCAAACCCCCUUUUCGCGCACCGGAAAUUUUGUUCCUCAAAUGGGUGGCCCUAACCCCAGAGGUUUUGGCCCGAGAGGGGAGGGUCAGGCAGUGCCAGUCAGGGGUCUAAAUCAAGGGCCCAUGGAGACUGCUCCCAGGUUCCCUGGCCCUCACGGCUCAUUUCCUGGAUCUGCAGAAAUCCGGCAUCCAGUACCUGGACAAGUCAGAGCUCCUACGCCCCAGCAAUGUGCAGCCGGUAAUCAGGCGCCGGAUAGUGACAGCACAAGCGAGCCUCCCGAUAAGAAGGCCAAAACAGGAGAUACCACGGCACCAUCAAAUGUUUCGCCAAACCAGUUGAACGCACCCGGUGACCAACAAAAGGGCAAGACUGACCAGGAGACAAACCUGCAAGCCUCGAAGAUCGAGCAGCAGCACCUGCCCGGUGUCAUAAAGCCGCAACAAGGUGGGCAACUGGCGGCGGGAAUAUUCGCACCGUCAUCCACGGCAUCAUUGCAGACUUCACAGCCCAAUCAGGGUAGCGUCGGCUCAGCUAGCAGCGUGUAUGAGGGCGCCGGCUUGUCGUCUAAUCCUGCAGACAGCACCACAGUCUCCAUGCAGAUGGACGAGCCCAUGCUUCUAGACGAGGACAUGGAGGACAAUGGUCAGAUAGAUUCUCAGCCGCCCGGCUGGCAGGACCAGAGACGCAAUGAUGACACCGAUGCAAGACCCUUCGGCGGCAUGGGUGGUAGUGGCGAGAGGUGGGGCGAUGCCCCGCCGCACAGGUCAGACGAGCGGUGGACCCCCGAGGAGCGUUCGCACGAAACAGGGCAACCAUGGAACAGACCUCCGUUUGCGCAAAACAGGGAAGCUUCCAACAUGAGACCUCUGAACAAACCUUUCGAAGGCAAAAAUCCCGAGUGGGGCAACAGGGGUCAGAAUCAGUUUCCUCCCUCGGGGAGGCCAUUCCCACCUCGGUUCCCCAGGGAGGUCAUGGACCGACAGUUCCAGCCGAUGCAGCCAAGAGAUAGGGACCAGGGGUACGAAGAGGAGUUCGGCUUCCAGAGGGACUUCGAUGCCCGCUUCGAGCGUGACUUUAAUCAAGAGCCACCGCAGGGCUACAGGGAAUUUGGGGCCGAGGGGGAAGAGGAGGAGGAAGAAUACUACGACGUGGACGGCCGGCCCCUGGGUCGGAGCAGCCCUGGCAGGGAGGAGCACUGGAGAGAAGGCCCCAGAGAGGGCGAGUUCGGUUACAAAGAGCGAGGCCCUUGGAACGAAGAGCAGAACGAGGAUGGGUGGGACCACUGGCAUCCUGACAGUCGCCCUGGUCACCCUGGCAUGCCCAGGCACAGAGGGAUGGGAAGGCCCCCCAUGGGCAUGCGGGGACGAGGCUUCAUGGGACCCCCGCCACGGGGCAGGUUCAUGAUGCAGGGGCCUCGACGAGGAGGCCCGGACAGGCCUCCGUUCCCGCCGUGGGGUGAGCACGAGCGGGGCGGACACUCGCUGGGCCCCAGACGUGGCGGCCCGCCCGAGGGUCAUCCGCGGGGAUUCGGCAGGGGAGGGCCCGAUGGCCCUCCGGCUUCGAGCAGGUGGGACCCCUCGGGCCCGGGCAGGUCACACUUUGGUGCACCUUUGCCUGGAAACAGACGGGAGCUACCGCCGCCGAUGCGUCGAUGGGAUGGCGGACCCGAGGAAGACGACGACAAUGACGGUGGAGGACGGCCACACUGGGAUCGCGACGCUGAGCGGUGGGACGAGCAAGGCGUCGUGCCGCGAUGGCGGAGGGAAAUGUCACCUCCGUCGUCGCCACCGCCAGCGCCAGCGGACGGGGAUGAGGAGGGAGACCUCGAGUUCCCUGAUCGCGUGAUGUCACUCUCGAGCAGGGAGCACGAGAUCAUCUUAAAGGCCGCACAGGAGCUCAAGAUGCUCAGGGAGCAGCAAGAGCAGCUGCAUUUGCUGAACGAGAUGCAGAAUGACGUUCGAGGAGUCGCGGCAUCCCCGUCCCCUUCCAGCAGUGCUGCACCGUCAUACUACAGGACGUCACUCGACGCCCUGGACUCGCCAGCGGAGAAGCCCAAGGUCGACUCCGGUGGUAGCGGUUGGUCCCACGGGGAGGCUCCCUGGGUCAGGGAAUCGUUGGCGCCCAGCACGGGAGUGCAGCGCCACGACAACCCGGGGUCUUGCCCACCGCCGCUGCCGCCACCAUCAUCAUCAUCGCUGCUCGAAAGGAAGCCGCUGAACCUGGAGCCGAUGAGUGUCAAGAAAGUCACGCAUGACUACUCGCACAGCUCAGAAGUGCUUCCUCGCAUAGAGCAGACGUCAUAUGGUGAGCGAGUCUCCCUGGGUCGUGGGAAGUCCUACAUCAGAGAGAGCUUGCCGCCCGGCGACGCGUCAUUCCGGGAGCGAUGCCUGGGCUGGGAGGGCGGCGAUGGCGAAGGGAUGUGGGAGAGGGAAUCCAUGAUGGCCAUUGAGAGGGGGCCCAGACCCCCGCCCCUGCUUUCACGUGACCCCAAGGACGGCGCGUCCAAAGAGUUCAUCCGGGAGCCUCUGGAUAGAGAACGGUUGCCUCUGGGGCAGCCAGGCAGCUACAUGAGCUACGCGGAACGGAGAGCUGGACCCGAGCGACCCACGUACGAACGCAAGCCGUUCGAGUCCAUGGCACCGCCGUACCCAGGGGAGCACUACCAGGACCGGCCGCCCAUGCCGUUCUCGCGCGAUCGGCCCCCGUAUCCGCCCAGCCGGAUGGGACCCCCGGACAGGAGGAUGGGAGUGCUGCCCCCACCGCCGCCACCUUCGUCGCUACCGCCGCCGAUGGCCCCUCCGCCGCCGAUGCCGCACGUGGAGGAGAAGAAGCCAGAGUCGAAGCACGUGGAUGACCUGCUGAAGAAGCCAGGACGCGUCACCCGCCCGGAGCGCAUCGUGGUGAUCAUGCGAGGCCUUCCCGGCAGCGGCAAGACCCACGUCGCCAAGCUCAUACGGGAUAAGGAGGUGGAGGAGGGAGGCGCGGCGCCACGCGUGCUCAGCCUGGAUGAUUACUUCGUCACCGAGGUGGAGCGCACGCAGACUGACCCGGAGACCAAGCGCAAAGUCAAGAAGAAGGUCAUGGAGUACGAGUACGAGCCGGAGAUGGAGGAGACGUACCGCAGCAGCAUGCUCAAGACGUUCCGCAAGACCCUCGACGAUGGCUUCUUCCCCUUCAUCAUCAUUGACGCAAUCAACAACCGCGUCAAGCACUUCGAGUCCUUCUGGAGCUCCGCCAAGACCAAGGGCUUCGAGGUGUACUUCGCCGAGAUAACCGGGGAGACGCACACGUGCGCCAAGCGGAACACACACGGCCGCAAACACGACGAGAUCAACAAGAUGGCCGAUCAGUGGGAGGUGACACCCAAGCACAUGAUUCGUCUGGACAUCCGCUCGCUGCUUCAGGACGCCGCCAUCGCGGAGGUGGAAAUGGAAGACACGGAUCCUUCAGAAGAAACCGAGAGCAAGAAGACUGCACCCACGACUGAGGAGGAGGAGGGGGAUGGGGAGGGGGGGUAUAUCCCAAAAAGCAAAUGGGAAAUGGACACCUCUGAAGCAAAACUAGAUAAACUGGACGGACUUGGCGGAGGCUGCAAGAGGAAACGCGACUUGCUGACCUCAGCAAAGCAGCGCAUGGAGGAUUACCUCUCGCUGCCCGAGUACUUCAGCCAGCGCCCCGCACAGCCGGGGAAGAAACGGGUGCGCUGGGCCGACCUGGAAGAGCAGAGCGAGGCGGAGAGAAAGCGCGCCAUCGGGUUUGUGGUGGGUCAGACGGACUGGGAUCGCAUCACGGACGAGAGCGGGGAGUUUGCCGCCAAAGCUCUUAAUCGCACUCGAUACUUUUAACCGUAAACUCCCGUUAGGUGUUUGCCGACAGCUCUGGGUGACCGAGAUGGAAGGAAAAGUGGGAUGAAAGAAAGUUGCGUCUACUUUAAACAAACGAAAAGAUGGACAAUUCAUUUUCUGCGAAGGAGGCUUUUACGUAAUCCCAAGGCCUGUUCUGUAACGAGUUGCAUACGUGGUUUGUGGGUUUUUUAUGUGAAUUAAAUGCUUUCCCGUUUAAUUAUUCCCAUUUGUGAAUUUAGGAAACAAAAUGUGUUAAAAGGGUCAAUUUUCACAGGGCGGAGAUGGCAAAACAAACAUCGUUUUUUUUACUGUAAACCAACCGCAACGCCCCCCCCCCCUCCACUGUGCCCUGGCGCACGCGGUAACACGGAAGACGUGGGAAUGUGGAUAACGAGCAAUCGUGUCGCUCGCGAAGGUAUAGUAUUCGUUUUUGGGGGAGUUUUAACAUUGAGCAGGCAGUGUCGCGUGUUUAAACGUAGUUCCUUGUUGCUGCCUUAGCCAUUUAAAAGUUGGCCACUGGCUUAUGCCUUGGAGGUGGUACUAGAUGUUAGUGCGCUGCGCGGGCUGUGAUGAACCCUGGCCACGGCGACCAUCGUGAGCGAGUGAUAUCGGAGCUGAUCCUGCGCUCCCCCCCCCCCUUCACUAUGACCAGCAUGGCGAAGUAUGGUCAAAAAAUCUCCAUGACUCCCGCAUGGCAUGGGCGGUAGUCGUUUAUCACUUGGUGGAUUGACGAAUGUCCGGAAUAGAAUUGUUUUGUGCCCUCGCUCAUACAGGGGGGGGGGGAGGGAGAUUCGUAGCCAUUAACAUUGGGCGAUGGUCUUUGGCGUUGGAGCGUGUGCUGCUGCUGCUUCUGCAUGGGACUUUGUUGGUCCCUGCCGUGUCCGCGGCCUGUGCGACAGGCACGCGAUUCAGGGGGGGGGGGGGCGAUGUGCCCUCGUGAGAUUGUUCACCGCUUUACUCGAGUGACGGGGCGCGCCCGCUGGCAACGCGUUUAAAAUCGCCUCGGUAAGCAACGUCGGAUGAACUCGCUGGACUCUUGAUAACUGGUUUGUCACCGAUUAUUUUGUUUUCUGCUGCUGUUAGGAGUUACAAAGAUUUGUGUUUUGCCAGGGUGGCUUGGACGAGUUCAACAUCACCUGCAUUUCUAUCGGUGCAUUCCCCCCCCCCCCCCCCCAAAUAAAAAGGCACUGGUUAUCAAUCGAAUUUAGACGGAGAACAUUUUCAUAUGGACGGUCGUCUGUGCGUGGGCAUCGAAUAUAGAUUUCAUCACGUGGCAUCCCGAAUCGCCAGGUCCCGCUGCUCAUUGCUGCAGGAUUAGCUAAGAUGAGCAGUUCGUCACUCGUAGAUCAAUCGCCCUCUUAAGUGAUGACGCGUCAUAAUAAUUACAUUUAUAAAACGUGUUUCGUCAAGAUUAGCCAUGUGUGCACCCCCCCCCUCCCCCUUGCAGAGUAACUCUCCACUACAGACCCAAUCCCUGCCCAACCACAGUCCCAUCUUUUUCACAUUAUUUACUUGUCAUACACAGGAGCCCAUUUACACACACACACGCGAUGACCAUGCGAUGCCUUUGGCAAGCUAUAGGAGGACGUGUGUGUGUGCGAGCCUGGUUUUUUUAAUCUACACGUUUACUUGGCGUUCCGUCCUGUGCUCGUAACAUUCGUCGGCGGGGCUCGACUCAUCAAUGUGCUCGAACGCAGCCUGCUGGGUUGGGGCUCACUGGCUCCUGGUGCUGCUCAUACCAUCGUGAUGGACACAGUCCCUGGACCCAUCACUCCCCCCCCCCAAAAAAAAACAUCCCCCUCCCUCUGCGGUUGGGUUUACAAGUCGGAGAUUGUAUGAAAGAUUUGCGAAAAUGGAUUAACCCGGGUACCCCCCCCCCCCACCCCGCGUGUUUUACGCUGGCGACGAGACGAAACGUCGUCCAACGAUGCACAGAAUGAAUAACGGGGACAUCUUUCGAGUGAUCGCGUGCGACAUUGGACAGGGAGGUGGUGGGGGGGUGACUUUGUCUGCCGUUACCUGUCGCGUAUUCCCCGCGGAAAAAGCUUCGUUUUUGUCGUUGGACGUGAUUUGAUGAGUUGGAUCGUUUUUUUGUAACAAAAACAAAUAUCUCGCGCGGUUGGUGGUCGCGUGAAAUGUUCAUGGUGUUGUUGGGGGGGGGGGAUGUUCUUUCUGGGUGAGUGCGCCGCCGGUGGAGGGCAGGCGAAGCGGUGCACGCAGACUGUGAACGUGAAUUGUAAACGCCGCGUGAUAAAUAUAAUCCCCGGAUCGCA